AUGCCGACCAAAUCAUCGUAUCCGGACGUUGACAUUCCCGAGGUUGAUCUUUGGGGGUUCAUGUUCGAGAAAGAUAAGAAGUUCUCUGAUGAUCAGGUUAUCUAUCGAGCCAGCAACUCCAACAGAAGCUACACUUUUGCUCAGGUCCGGGAAGCCGCCGCCACGUUCGGGAAAGCCCUUCAGGAGGCAUGGAACUGGCAGAAAGGCGAUGCAUUGAACAUCUACGUCCCAAACGACAUCGACGUUGGGCCUGUUAUCUACGGAACGUUCUUCGCAGGCGGGAUCGUCUCACCAGCCAACCCUGGCUACUCUCCUGAUGAGCUCGCCUUUCAGCUCAACAACUCUGGUAGCAAAGCGAUAGCCACAACAAAGGCAUUUCUCCCUGCUGCGCUGGAAGCUGCGAAGAAGGCCAACAUUCCCGAGAGCAGAAUCGUUCUCAUAGGUGCGGAACACGACGAGUCAAACAAGUUCAAGCAUUGGACUCGUCUUGGAAGUGGAAGCGGCAAUGGCAAUCGACGAAAAGCGGCUCAUACCGAUCUGGCUUUCCUGGUGUAUUCCUCGGGAACCACAGGUCUACCCAAAGGAGUCAUGCUCACCCACUCCAACAUCGUUUCUGAUCUAUGUCAAGUCAACGGCGCCAUGGGCAAGUAUUACAACAGCGGCAAAGACAAGAUCCUCGGCGUCCUUCCCUUCUUCCACAUCUACGGCCUCACAGGUCUGGUGCAGCAACCCCUACAUCGUGGCAUCGAGCUCGUUGUCAUGCCAGCAUUCGAUCUCAAGCAAUUCCUCGAAGCGGUUCAGACGCACAAAAUCACUUUCAUAUACGUGGCCCCGCCUGUCAUUGUGCGCCUUGCGAGAGACGAGAUGGUCAAGGACUAUGACCUGUCUAGCGUGAAGAUGAUCACUUCCGGAGCUGCUCCAUUAACGAAGGAGCUCGUUGAUGCGAUUGAUAAACGGCUGAAGUUAAAGAUCAACCAGGCUUACGGGCUCUCGGAAACCUCUCCAAUGACGCAUACCCAACCUUGGGAGGAAUGGUACAGCUCCGUCGGCAGUGUAGGUAAGAUGUUCCCCAACAUGCUCGCAAAGUACAUGUCCGCCGAAGGCAAAGAACUCGGACCCGGCCAGACGGGUGAGCUCUGGCUAGCAGGACCAAACGUCUUCCAAGGAUACUGGAAGAAUGAGGCGGCUACCGCGGACUCGCUCACUGAGGAGCACGGCAUGAAGUGGUUCAAGACUGGCGAUGUUGGCUUCCAGGAUGAGAAACAUAAUUUUUACAUUACCGAUAGAGUGAAAGAGCUCAUCAAGUACAAAGGCUUCCAAGUAGCCCCCGCAGAGCUGGAGGGAAAGCUGAUGGACCAUCCACUGGUCAACGACGUUGCUGUCAUCGGAGUCGAGGACAGACAGCAGCAUACGGAGGUACCGAGAGCGUACAUCGUGCACGCGAAGAAGGGAGCAGAGGCUGGCGAGAAGGAGACGGGAAAGCCAACGAAGGACAGCGAGAAGGAUGCGGAUGACAUCAUUGCCUGGACGUCGGCCAAGGUGGCCAAUCACAAACGUCUACGAGGAGGUAUCAGAUUCGUUGACGAGAUUCCGAAGAGUGCCAGUGGGAAGAUUUUGAGGAGGGUGCUCAAGGAGAGAGUCAAGGCGGAGGAGUCGAAUGCUGGCAAGUCGAAGCUUUAA